AUGUCAGUCGCGGGCAUCCUCCUUGCUGCCAAAAUCGCCUCCGUCGCGACUUCUUUGAUCAUUUCGGGUGCGUCGACGGCGCUCAUGGCGCGCAAAAAGAGGAACGUCGCCUUUCCCUUGGAGCUCCUACCGAAAGUUGCUGGGCUCGUGGUCGGCGAAUUCCUCUUUGACCUCGUUCUCCUCCCGGAGCUCGCGAAGGAUUGGGACGCGAUCAUGACGCUGCUCAAUGCGUCCAAGGAGUUUCGUCGCAACACACUCGACAUCCUGUGCGCCCUGUACGGCUUGCACGCCGCAGGCGCUGGAAGAACACAAGCGGUCGUGAAGUACAAGGAGACGAAGCCCAUCUUCCGCCACCUGUCGAGCGUCGCGCACGACACCCCUGCCGCGUUCGGGAAGCUGUCCGCGGAGCUCUUCCGCCGUCCUUCCGCCCCCGUCGUGAAGCUGUGGCUAUCCGUGCUCGGCUGCAUCGCAGAGGAGAACUCGUUCUUCAAGAGCUCACAGAACUCGUUCAUCGCCAUUAUCACGGGCACGCGCGUCAAGCAGAUGCGCAAGGAGUACAACUUGGUUCCGAAGGAGAUGCGGGGACAAGUGCUCGGGCUGUUCAUGCGGCACGUCAACAUGCGACACGCUGCGUGGCUGAGGCUCAAGGCUGUCCACACCGCGAUUGAUCGCGUCAGCCUAUUCUGCAAGAAUUUCAGUAAAGCCGGCCUCAAGUCCAAGUGGGAGAAUCUCCCUUUCGGCCUCGGCCAGCGCAUCAAGACCAGAACCGACCUCACCAAGCGCUCCAGCGCGGUCCGUGCUCUCGUCGCGCACAUCACCGGCAUCCCCGAGCAUGACCUCCCCGAGCUCAAGCUGAAGGAGGUCGCCACGGCGUGCAUCCUGACCGGCCUCCGCGAGGUGCUCUCGACGCUCACCGCCCUCGAGAGCAGCUCCGGAGACGCAGACCUCGGCGCGAAGAACUGCCAGUACGCGCGGAACUACCUUGCCAUUCAUUUCACGGAGAAUGAGAGGGAAGUGUACAUGCCCGGUCAGGUGAAGUUUUGGGACAAGGUCCUGAAGCUGGUGGGCAUGGCUUAA